AUGCAUAAUGCAUCCGUUUCCUCACUUUUAGAACCACCUUCGGAACCUGAAUCUCCUGAAGCAAGGGACGUGAGCACCAAUUCCUGCCUUGUUACGUGGCGACCUCCCUAUAAAGAUGGCGAUGCCACUUUAGCCUACUAUCACUUGGAGAAGAGGGCUAAUCAAAAGGGAAAUUGGGUUCGUGCCACUAACCAAAAGUUGUCAAUUCUUGCUGGACAGGAGAACGAGCCUUUCAGUACAAUGGUGACCGGACUGAUUCCAGAUAAUGUCUACGAAUUUAGAGUGGCAGCCGAGAACGUCGAUGGUCUUACGGGCGAGUUCAGCCUACCCAGUCAUCGUAUCUCUACGCAGCCUCCUUUCUCCAUACCCGGGAAGCCAUCCCGACCAGAUAUCAAGAAUGUUACAGAAACCUCGGCUACCCUUACCUGGAGGCCGCCUUAUGAUGACGGUGGGGAUUCCAUCAAACACUACCUAAUCCAAUAUAAGGUAACUUCAGGCACUCAUUGGGCCCCUAGUAAUGAGGAGCCGAUUGACUGUGAGUUCGCCUUGACUGGUCUGAAUGCUGAGCAGGAGUACCACUUCCGUGUAGCCGCGGUGAACACCGCCGGGCCAGGAGAGUGGUCGGAUGUUUCAGAAACCUGCACACCCUAUAAAGUUGUAGGUAAGUGA